AUGGAGGCGAUCGAGGAAUUGUCGGAGCUGUCCAAUGCAAUGCGGCAGGCGUCGGCGCUGCUCGCCGACGAAGAUGUAGACGAGUCCGCUCCAUCCAGGCGCGCUUCCACUUUCCUCAAUGCUGUUGCUCUCGGCAACAUUGGUGCAGGCAAGUCUGCUGUAUUGAACAGCCUAAUUGGACAUCCAGUAUUGCCAACUGGUGAAGGUGGUGCAACACGUGCUCCAAUCGUUGUUGACUUAACAAAGGACAGCUCUCUAAGUAGCAAAUCUAUUAUUUUGCAGAUUGAUAGUAAAUCUCAACAAGUUUCUGCAAGUGCUCUUCGGCAUUCAUUACAGGACAGACUGAGCAAAAGUUCUGGCAAGAGUCGAGAUGAAAUAAAUUUGAAGCUCCGAACAAGUACAGCUCCACCAUUGAAACUAAUUGAUUUGCCUGGGGCCGAUAAGGGGAAUCUCGAUGAUUCACUGAGUCAAUAUGCUGAACACAGUGACGCGAUAUUAUUAGUGGUAAUACCUGCAUCCCAGGCCCCGGAAGUGGCCUCAGCAAAAGCUAUCAGGAUUGCAAAGGAGCUUGAUGCGGAGUGUACAAGAACCGUUGGAAUUAUUAGCAAGAUAGAUCAAGUUUCAUCAGAACCAAAAGUCCUCGCUGCAGUGCAGGCUCUGUUGUUAAAUCAAGGACCCCGAAGUACAGCUGACAUCCCAUGGGUUGCCUUGAUUGGCCAAUCUGUCUCUAUAGCAUCUGCUCAAUCAGGGUCUGUUGGUGCUGAUAAUUCGUUAGAAGCUGCUUGGCGAGCAGAAAGUGAAAGUUUGAAAUCUAUCCUGACGGGUGCUCCACAAAGUAAGCUUGGGCGAUUAGCCUUGGUAGAGACCUUGGCCCAACAGAUCCGAAACCGUAUGAAAGUUAGACUUCCAAAUCUUCUCUCUGGACUUCAGAAUAAGUCCCAAGUUGUACAGGAUGAACUAGUAAGACUUGGUGAACAGAUGGUUAGUAGUGCUGAAGGUACACGAGCUCUAGCGCUGGAGCUCUGCCGCGAGUUUGAAGACAAAUUCCUCCAGCAUAUCACAACUGGAGAGGGCGGUGGAUGGAAAGUUGUUUCUACUUUUGAAGGCAAUUUCCCCAAUAGAAUCAAGCAACUACCUUUAGAUAGACAUUUUGACAUGAAAAAUGUAAAGAGGAUUGUGCUCGAAGCAGAUGGUUAUCAACCUUAUCUUAUCUCUCCAGAGAAAGGAUUGCGGUCUUUAAUUAAAGGAGUUUUGGAGCUUGCUAAAGAACCUUCACGACUUUGUGUUGAUGAGGUGCACCGAGUACUUGUUGAUAUUGUUGCAGCUGCUGCAAAUGCUACACCUGGCCUUGGAAGAUAUCCUCCUUUUAAGAGAGAGGUUGUAACUAUUGCCUCAACCGCUCUGGAAGACUACAAGAAUAAUGCGAAGAACAUGGUAGUUGCACUCGUUGAUAUGGAACGGGCAUAUGUUCCUGCCCAACAUUUUGUUCGUCUGGUGCAGAGGCGGAUGGAUAGACUACGACGUGAAGAUGAACUGAAAGGUCGAUCUUCCAAAAAGGCUGUUGAUGCUGAACAAUCCAUACUAAAUAGGGCAACUAGUCCCCAAACUGGAGGCCAACCAAGUGAGGGGAGUUUAAAGUCGAUGAAGGACAACAAAUCCAGUCAACAAGAUAAAGACAAAGAUGUACAAGAAGGACCAGUCUUGAAGACUGCUGGGCCGGAAGGGGAAAUAACAGCAGGUUUCCUAUUGAAGAAAAGUGCUAAAACUAAUGGGUGGAGUAAAAGAUGGUUUGUUUUAAAUGAAAAAACAGGAAAACUUGGAUACACCAAGAAGCAAGAAGAGCGACAUUUUCGUGGUGUGAUCACAUUGGAGGAAUGUAACCUGGAAGAAGUUUCAGAGGAGGAUGCAGCUCCUUCAAAGAGUUCCAAAGACAAAAAGGGAAAUGGUCCAGAUGCGGAAAAACCACCCAGUCUUUUGUUCAAGUUAACAAGCAGGGUUCAAUAUAAGACGGUUCUCAAAGCCCAAAGUGCUGUUGUCUUGAAGGCUGAAAGCGCGGUAGAGAAGUCCGAGUGGUUGAGCAAGUUAAGAAAUGUCAUCAGCUCCAAAGGUGGUCAAGUGAAGACUCAGUUUGAUUCUCCAAUGCGACAGAGUCAUUCUGAUGGUUAUCUUGAUACCAUGUCAAGAAAACCUGCGGAUCCCGAGGAAGAACUCCGGUGGAUAGCUCAGGAAGUGCGCGGUUAUGUUGAAGCUGUUCUCAACAGUCUUGCCGCCAAUGUCCCAAAGGCAGUUGUUCUUUGUCAAGUUGAGAAGGCAAAAGAAGACAUGCUUAACAAGUUGUACAUUUCUGUGAGUUCCAUAAGCAUGGCAAGAAUUGAGGAGCUGAUCCAGGAGGACCAUAACGUGAAAAGCAGGAGAGAACGCUAUCAGAAACAAUCCUCCCUUCUUUCCAAAAUUAUUCGGCAGUUAAGCAUUCACGACAACAGGGCUGCAGCUGCUGCCUCCGGUUUUUCAGAAGGUGGUGGAGCAGAGAGUAGCCCAACAGCCGCUGGUUCAUCUUCAGGGAGUGACUGGAGAUCGGCAUUUGAUGCUGCCGCUAAUGGUCCAACUGAUUCCCCAAGAUCCAGCAGUCAUGGCCGGCGUUAUAGUGACCCUGCACAGAAUGGUGAUGUAAGCUCAUCUGUCUCAAACUCCGGCAGCCGCCGAACACCUAAUCGUUUGCCGCCUGCUCCUCCAUCAUCCGGCUCUGGUUAUAGAUUCUAG